AUGAAGAUGCUACUCAUCAUACCCCUGCUCUCUCUUUGUGUAUUUACUGCUCAAGGAGCCGUCAUGCCAAAAUCUCAAACAGCAGUCGACUACACGAUCUAUAUUGAGUGCCUGUUUGCAAAGCCAUAUUGUUUUCUCAUCAGCUUCUAUGACCGAAGUGUUUCAACCACCAAUGAAAUGUUCAAACUGCCACUUCACUGCACGUUCACUCAUGAUGUCAAUUACAACACGACCGUGACUUUCACUGAACUCGAUGGACAUCUUGAUACCCUAUUCGAGCCGGAAUUACAUUUCUAUCACAAUUGUACAAAUAAAAAAAAUGAUGUCGUCGGAAAAACUAUCGCCCAUCUGGAAAAAGUUGAUCCCAAGAAUAAAAAAAUCACCGUGGAGCGUGUAGUCAGUUUGAUUGAAAUCAAUUAUCUUGAUCAUAUAGUUGCUCCAGCCAACCUUACAGCAGAUGAGAAGAAUUUUAUAGAUGGGAAGAUCGUCUCCUUCGAUUACUCAAAGAAGUCGAAAUACUUUACGAACUUUGACGCUGACGAAGAAAACGAUGGUGACAACGACAGUGACAACGAUGAUUAA